AUGUUUCUGUUUUGCUCUAAACUACCAAUCUGCCUUCUCUGUAUCUGUUUGUCUGUGCGUUUCUGUGGGAAAAAGUGUGUGUGCACCGGAGCAGCCUUAUGACCCUGCACACUUCCCGCUCACGUUUCACUUUUUCUACUCGCAUCCUGUCAGCACGGCAGUAUUUCUCUAGGCAAAGACAAAGUGGAUGAUAUAGACAGAACCUCAACGUCCUCCAUCAGAGAAGAAACCAAAUGGGGAAUCUGUUAAAAGUGCUCACUUGCACCGAGCUCGAUCAGGGGCCAAACUUUUUCCUUGACUUUGAAAAUGCACAGCCAACAGAGGCAGAGCGGGACGUUUGGAACCAGGUGAACUCGGUUCUACAGGACUCUGAGAGCAUCCUGUCUGGUCUGCAGGCGUACAAAGGAGCUGGUCAGGAAAUCAGAGAUGCCAUCCAAAACCCCAAUGACCUGAUGCAUCAGGAGCGAGCGUGGAACUCUGUCUGCCCACUCGUCAUCAAACUCAAGACCUUUUACUGCUUCUCUCUCCGACUAGAGGAAGCUCUUCACAGUUUGUUGAAGUCCCUGACAUGUCCUCCCUACACACCCACUCAACACCUGGAGAAGGAGCAGGCGCUGGCCAAACAGUUUGCUGAGAUCCUUCAUUUCACUCUGCGCUUCGAUGAGCUCAAGAUGAGAAUUCCUGCCAUCCAGAACGACUUCAGCUACUACAGAAGAACCAUCAGUCGAAACCGGAUAAACAACAUGAAUCUGGACAUCGAAAAUGAAGUCAACAAUGAGAUGGCCAACCGGAUGUCUCUGUUCUAUGCUGAGGCCACUCCUAUGCUGAAAACACUCAGCAAUGCAACCACAAACUUUGUGACAGAGAACAAGACUCUUCCACUGGAGAAUACGACAGACUGUCUCAGCACCAUGGCCAGCGUCUGUAAAGUCAUGCUGGAGACACCAGAAUAUUCGAGCCGUUUUAGCAGCGAGGACACACUCUUGUUUUGUAUGAGGGUCAUGGUUGGUGUCAUCAUCCUGUACGACCAUGUCCACCCCAACGGCGCCUUCAACAAAUCCUCCAAGAUAGACAUGAAAGGCUGCAUAAAAGUCCUGAAGGACCAGCCAGCAGACAACGUAGAAGGCCUCCUGAAUGCCCUCAAAUUCACCACAAAACACCUGAACGACGAGUCAACUCCCAAAAACAUCCGGACGAUGCUCCAGUAAUGUUUGUUCUUUUUUGUUUUUUUUGUUUUUUUAUAUAUAUAAAUCAAUAUGAAGAGGAUCAGUGUUGUGACCUCAAAUAAGAUGUAUAUGUUUACAUUAUUUAAAGACUCGAUGUUAAUACUUGUGUGUAUUUGCAUAGUCAUUCCCUCCAAGUUAUCGAACCCUGCAUAAGGUCUACCUUCUACUUUGCAAAAAAGAAAAAGGAAAAAAAAAAAGCAUAUCACAUGACUUGCCUCUACUGAUAACAGCUGUCAAAGCACAAAUGAUGGAUACCAGUCGCCUUAUAUCACAGAGCUUCGCAAGGAGCACAUGGAAAUAAUCCACUCAGACAAAGAGCAAAAUGUCCUUCUGCCAUUUAAUCUCAUCAGUCUUUUAUCUGCCAAUGAAUUUUGAGCUUAGAGAUCUAAGCUGGGGUUUUGUUGUUUUUCUCAGAUUUGUGACACAUUUUAAGAUCAGCAUAAAAAAACGUUAAGAUGGACAUUUCUAGUGCAGUGAAAGGCUAUAUAUUGAAAGCAUAACCUGAUAAGGGAUUGAAUAGUUUGGUGUUUUGCUUCCCGUAUUUGAUGGUCAGCUGUUCUACUUCUUUAGUUUCUUUUUUUUUUUUUUUGUUCACGCUCCAAACUGAUGCACCUGUUGAAAUAAAUCCACUGUGAACAUAAAACUGAACUUUGCACAGUCAGUGUGUCAAAGUGUGCUUAAAUGAAGAGGUGAUGAUGAAUCGAACGCAGUGUGAAUCAACCCUCCAUUUGUUUAUUGAAUCAUUUCGUGAUGCUCUGAAUGAUGGUUGUGUCAUUUCCCAUGUUUUAAGUGACUUUUCUCUUAAUCUGUUUGGCUUUUGUACUCAAAUGUUCUUUGAAGAAAAGCAAAAAAAAAGUUUCAUUCUGAAUAAAUGACAUCUGUUUCUUAAAAGAAUAAGACAUGUUUUAAAUGACCUUCUGUUCCCGAAGACUUUGACUUUUUUUAAAAUCCCAUUUAACAGUCUGUUCUACAGCAGUUAGUAAAAGUAAGUAAAAUCAAGUCACUUUUCAAAAUAUGUCAUAAAUUUGAUAUAUUUUCAAUAAUGCAGCAGUGGAAACUGUACUUUAAGUGGGCUGUAACUGUUCAAUGUUGAGCCGAUUUGCCUUUGAUUUCUAGUGUACGUAAUAAUUGUCACAUAUCAGAGACUUUACAGUUAACAUACUGUGACAUAUAAGUAAAUCUGCUUUUUCUACUUGUAUCAUAUGAUGGACAUUCAUCAUGUACCAUCUUCAAACUUGUUAAAAAUUCCCAAAGGUUCAGACAAUCAUGUCUUGAGUGACUGUGAUAAUGUAUGUGGAUUUCAAUUAAUGUCAUUUGCAAAGGUCAAUGGUUAAAUAAUAGUUGUAGUGAAGGAUGAGCAGAGAAAUCCAAAGUGAAUUAAAUAUUUUUAUUUAAUUAAAAAAAAUGAUUAAGUGGGUCUGCAUUUUCUAAAUGGUUGGUGCUAGGAUAGAUCAGUUGGAGGGAAGCUCUGCUCUGCUGUGAAGGGUUGUUUCUCUGAGGCUGGGAUUGCUUCAUUAGCUGUAUUUCUAUAAAAUGUCUAGCAAAUUUUCAGUGAAGUUUUCAAAAGUCGCAAAAAUUAAAAUGUGAUUUAUUUGCAUUUCAUAAACUGGUUUAGAGUGAAUGAUGAAGGCUAGGCUUGAUCAUUCACUGGCUCUAAUAGACAAAGUAGAAGAAGCAGAGAAUUCUGUUUUCGAUCUAAAAUGACAUCUUUUCACAGAAAUAAUCUGGACCAGAUAUGUUUUCACACUUUAUAAGAAUAAUUAGGAGGACGCAGCAAACAGCAGCUUUAUGCAUCAAAGGUAUUUUUGUUGAAAAAAGAAAAAAAGGUGUUUCCAUUUCUUCUAGGUGCAUUUACUCUUUUGUUAAAAAAAAAAAAAAAAAAAUCAAAAGGGUGAAUGCACAGAACACAACCUUUCAAAAAAAAAAAAAACUUACAAAAAAAUAUCUUCCAAAUCAUGUCAGUCUUUUCAUUUUCUGGCGUACAUUGCGUACAUGUUGUCUUUGAUUUUAGUAGCAAUGAAAUAUAAGAUUAAAUGUUCUGGUUUUUUUGUUUGUUUUUUUCUCUAUACUGCUAAAUUUAGCUGAAGUUAGCUAGUGGGCUAAUCACUAGCUGUGUUCAGACUAACACAUUUAUUUUAGAAGAAAUAAUUUGACUGUUGUGUUUUAUUCCAUUAAACACCAAAGACAACAAUUUAUUUAAAGUUGGAAAAUUUUGUUUCAAAAUACAUGUGACGGGGAAAUGUUCUUAUUAGUAGUAGUAUUUUAACAUUCAGCACGAAUCAGGGUUGCAGCGCAACUUAGGGCUGUGGCAUGUAUGCUAAUAAUGUUAGUACACUAUUCGCUAAAUAUUUCAUGUAAGUGGUCUCACUUUUAAGACACUUGAUGCAGAGACCAAUCUUUAUUCUUCAGUAUUUUGUACAUGUGGACAUGCAACACACAUCCAAACUGACCUUCUGCUUUUAACCCACACACUGCAGACAGACUAGGAGCAGUGGGCCACCAUGUCAGGGCAGCAUGGGAGGCAAAUGGGGGAUAAGGGCCUUGCUCAAGGGCACAUUAGCCUACAGUUUCUCUGCCCAUCCAGGGAAUUCUUCAACUCUAAGCCACGGCUGCUACCA